AUGGAACAUCUGAUCCUUAGAGUGGACAUGAGAGGCGGGGAGGAGCACAGGACACUAGCAGAUCUGGGGAUGGAUGGGGCUGUGCAGACGGCGUGGAGAGCUGGCGGGAGCCCCCGGGAGUGGGAGGAGGAAGCCGGGAGAAGAGCAGGCAGGAUCGCAGGAGCGGAGGCUGAGAAGGAAGAGACUGACGCUGCGGGACAGCCAGGUCAGCAGGCGGCCUGCCCACCACCCCCGUCCCCGCUUCCGGAGACGCCUCCGCCCCCUUCCGGGUCCCGCCCGAGCGUGGGCGUGGGCGGUGCCAUCCGGCGUCUACUAGUGCGGACUCCGGGUGUAGGGGAAUCACUGAGCUCCGACCUUGCCAGCCAGCAGGUGAGCAGCCCAGGCUCCCCUUCAGCUCCGCGCCGCUCCCUCCGACUCUGCCGGUCCGCAGCCCCACCGCCUGUACCGGGUGCCGUGACUCCUUGCCUCGACCUCCGCCUGCGGCCUGCGCCCUGCACUGGGUUCUCCUGCUCCCCCACCGACCCAGAGAAGUGUUCGGGGAGAACCAUGGCUAACGAUUCCCCGGCCCGCAAAGGAACGCUGAGGCAGAAGAAAGUGCACGAGGUGGAAGGCCACAAGUUCACCGCCCAUGUCUUCAGGCAGCCCACCUUCUGCAGCCAGUGCGGGGACUUCAUCUGGGGGAUCGGCAAACAAGGCUACCGGUGCCAAGGGUGCCAUUUUGCGGUUCAUAAGAGGUGCCACGAGUCGGUCACUGCUCCUUGUGGGGGUGCGGAUGAGCGACCUGGCACUGGUGACCCCAGUGCCAGGGGCAAGCACACGUUCAAAACCCGCACUUACCGAAGGCCCACCUUCUGUGAUCACUGUGGCUCAAUGCUGUAUGGGAUGAUUCGUCAAGGGAAGAAAUGUGACGCCUGCCAUAUGAACGUGCACAAGCAGUGUGAGAUGAAUGUCCCUAACCCCUGUAAGAUAGCCCACAUGGGGUAGAGGGGCCAGAUCUACCUGAAGGCCGAGGUCACCGAUGACAGGCUUGCAGAUAUCCAAGCUACAAAUGGCAGAGUAAUUUUUCUUCUGCUUAAGAUGAUGUCAAGACCCUGGAUUCUUCAGUCAUCCAUCCACUUUGACUUCAGUGAUUGCUGCAAUGAAGAAGCCUUCUUAAAAUGGGCUUUGGAAUGCCAGUAUCCCUGGGCCUCUCAAGAUUGUCCAAUUAGCAUAUAGGGACAUGGACAUUGAGCAGAUCAUUCUCUUGCAGGAUUUUAAUUGCUUCUAAUUAUAGGAUUAUCAUUUAAGCAUAAGAUUAAUUGCUUUGAAAUUAUUGCAAAGAACUUUAUCUUCUUCUGGAAAGUAAGUGCCUUGGCCGAGUGAGGAAUCUCUUACAGAAGCUUGCAAAUGAUUUUUUUUAAUCACUUCCGUGGAAACUUUCUUUUAAUUCUUAGAUGGGGGGAGAGAUGUUAAAGGGGUCAGGAUGGAAGUGGAAACCAAGAGCAGAUACCUUUUGCUUCCCCGCCAUAAGGUUGGAACACUUGAGCAUUCAAUGUUCAAUUGAAUCAUUUUGGUUCACCAAUGGAAAAUGUCUUCAAAUUAAAAAAAGAAAAAAGUUCUUUAUCA